AUGUCAGUCCUGCAGGCCCCCAGUGACAGGGCACUGACUCCUGGUGGUCUCCUGUCUGCCAGGGAGUCUUGCUGGCUUGGUCUUAAAAAAAAAAAAAAAAAAAAAAAGCAGCUGCAGGAGCUUGUGGUCCCCAAGCACGUGAUGCACGUGGUGGACGAGGAGCUCAGCAAGCUGGGCCUGCUGGAUAACCACUCGUCGGAGUUCAACGUCACCCGAAACUACUUAGAUUGGCUCACAUCCAUCCCUUGGGGCAAGUACAGCAAGGAGAACCUGGACCUGGCACGGGCCCAGGCACUGCUAGAGGAAGACCACUACCGCAUGGAGGACGUCAAGAUACGCAUCCUGGAGUUCAUCACCGUCAGCCAGCUCCGAGGCUCCACCCAGGGCAAGAUCCUCUGCUUCUGUGGGCCCUCUGGUGUGGGCAAGACCAGCAUCGACUGCUCCAUCACCUGCGCCCUCAACAGAGAGUACUUCUACUUCAGCAUCGGGGGCAUGAUGGACGUGGCUGAGAUCAAGGGGCACAGGCGGACCUUAGGUGCUAGGCCCGGGAAAAUCAUCCAGUGUCUGAAGAAGACCAAGACGGAGAACCCCCUGAUCCUCAUCAACGAGGUGGACAAGAUCGGCCGGAGCUACCAGGGGGACCCUUCAUCGGCGCUGCUGGAGCUGCUGGACCCAGAGCAGAACACCAACUUCCUGGACCACUACCUGGACGUGCCCGUGGACUUGUCCAAGGUACUGUUCAUCUGCACGACCAAUGUCACGGACACCAUCCCUGAGCCACUGCGGGACCGCAUGGAGAUGAUCAACGUUUCCGGCUACGUGGCCCAGGAGAAGCUGGCUAUCGCAGAGCAUUACCUGGUGCCCCAGGCCCGCGCCCUAUGUGGCCUGGAAGAGAACAAGGCCAAGCUGUCGUCCGACGUGCUGUCACUGCUCAUUAAGCAGUACUGCCGCGAGAGCGGUGUUCGCAACCUGCAGAAGCAGGUGGAGAAGGUGUUGCGGAAGUCGGCCUACAAGAUUGUCAGCGGCGAGGCCGAGUCCGUGUAGGUGACAGCCGGGAACCUGCAGGACUUUGUGGGGAAGCCUAUGUACAACGUGACGCCACCCGGAGUGGUCAUGGGCCUGGCCUGGACAGCCAUGGGAGGCUCCACAUUGUUUGUGGAGACAUCCCUGAGGCGGCCACGGGACAAAGAUGCCAAGGGUGAAAAGGACGGCAGCCUGGAGGUGAUAGGCCAGCUAGGGAAGGUGAUGAAGGAGAGUGCCCGCAUCGCCUACACCUUGGCCAGGGCCUUCCUCAUGCAGCACACCCCUGACAACAAGUACCUGGUGACCUCACACAUCCACCUGUAUGUACCUGAGAGUGCCAUCCCCAAGGACGGCCCAAGCGCAGACUGCACCAUCGUCACGGCCCUGCUGUCCCUGGCCAUGGGCAGGCCCGUCUGGCAGAACCUGGCCAUGACUGGUGAGGACUCUCUCAGAGGCAAGAUCCUCCCUGUUGGCGGCAUCAAGGAGAGGACCAUCGCGGCCAAGCACUCAGGCAUGACGUGCAUCGUCCUACCAGUUGAGAACAAGAAGGACUUCUGCGACCUGGCAGGCUUCAUCACCGAGGGCUUGGAGGUGCACUUCAUGGAGGACUACCGCCAGAUCUUCGACCUCGCCUUCCCGGAGAAGCAGGCAGAGGCGCUCGCUGUGGAGCGGUGAUGGUCACCCCAGGACUGCAGGCGGCAGAUGUCCGGCCCUAUCUGGGCCCGAACUGAGCCCUUCGGGGAGCGCAGCAGGGCCUGGCAGCAGAGCCACCGAGCAAGCAGCUUGGUCCAGCGGCCCAGAUCCCAGGGACCCCCAGUCAGUUUAAUCAGUGUUGCAUAGGACCUAUUUAAUCAUUAAAGUCAUUUCCAGUAAAAAAAAAAAAAAAAAAAAGAUUUUGGUGCACUCAUCACCCAUGUAUACACUGCACCGUAUUUGUAGUUUUUUAUCCCUCAUCUCCCUCCCACUCUUCCCCCGAAGUCCCCAAAGUCCAUUGUACCAUUCUUGUGCUUUUGUGUCCUCAUAGCUUAGCUCCCACAUAUCAGUGAGAACAUAUGAUGUUUGGUUUUCUAUUCCUGAGUUACAUCACUUAGAAUAAGAGUCGCCAAUCUUAUCCAGGUCACUGAAAAUGCUGUUAAGUCAUUCCUUUUUAUGGCUGCAUAGUAUUCCAUAUAUAUAUAUAUA